AUGGCGCAACUUGGCUUAGGGGAACUGAAACCCACAACUACUGUCCUACGACUGUCUGAUCGAUCUAUCAAGAAACUCCGAGGGAUUGUGGAAGAUGUCAUCAUCAAGAUGGACAAGUUCUACUACCCAGUUGACUUCACAGUUCUAGAGACAGAACCUGUCCCAAAUCUAGAGAAGCAGAUUCCUGUCAUCCUCGGGCGACCUUUCCCAGCCACAGCCAAUGCCUGCAUCAAUUGUCGGAUCGAAGUAAUGGAGAUCUCCUUUGGGAAUAUGAAGAUGAGAUUGAACAUCUUCAAUGCCUUCCAACAUGCACCUGAUCAGAAUGAAUGUUUUUUCUUGGAUGACAUUGUAGAAACUGUUGAAGACGCACCUCCUGAUACUCUAACUGAAGCCCCAUCUUGGAUAAACCCACCAGAGCCUAUGCCUCUCACUUCAAGUACUCCACCGCCUGAUGACAACCCUACAAGGGACAUAUUCCAUUCAGAGGUUACUGAAGUUGACGUCAUUGGGGUGGACAAUCUUUUGUCGACUUCCUUGGUUGCCCUGGUUUUUUAG